CUAGUGUCAUUACAAAUUACAAUUUUCGUUUGUGAUUUUGUGUCGAGCGUGAGAGGUUAUGGAGUAAAAAUAUUAAUUUAAUUUAGUGAGAAGUGCCGUGAAUAGUGUUAUCCAAGAUGACUACGGAUACAAGAAAGGAUAGUUUAUCUUCUUUUAAAAUAUGCCGUUUUUGUUUAGCUCAAGGAGAUUCGCUAACAAGUAUUUACCAAAAACGAGCUACAAAAAACGCCAUUCAUCUACCGCUAAAAAUAUUAUCAUGCGUUGCGAUAGAGGUCUUUCCAUCUGAUAAAAUGCCAACAUAUAUUUGUAGCCGCUGCAAAUUUUUCAUGGAAUUAUGUUAUGACUUCAAACAAGUAUGUCGGCAAGCUGAUGAACAUAUCUUGCAGUAUGUACAAAACGCAACACCUUUGUCUGCCAUGUCCUGGCCACAAUCUCUAGUCAAAAUAUUCCGUUUGGCUAAUAAUAACAAAAUGACUGAAGUGCCUCUGAUGAAAACUGUGAUAGACGGAGGCACCACUGUUCAGGUUGUGGCCAAUGAAUCUGACUCCGAUGAGGAAGAUGAUGAGAAUGUAUAUAAUGUAAAAAUAGGAGAUGGCACUGACGAUGGGCCAAAUAGUGCCAGAGUGAAAGUUGUCACAGGCAUGGAAAAACAGGAGAAAGGAAAACAGAAGAGAGCACCAAAAGGGUUCCACACGUCGCCGAAGUUGGCGAAGCACGUCCAGGCUCAUAACGAUAAUAGAUCGUUCCCGUGCAAGUAUUGCAAUAAAAGCUUCGUCAAGUCUCAUCAUUAUACAAGACAUCUGCGUCUAAAACAUAGAGAAACAAUACGUACCUGCCGAGGUCCGUUCGGCGAGAGUGACCAGUAUCGUUGCGAACAAUGUGAAGACAGUUUCGCUACACAAGACGAGUUGAUCUACCACUCAGCUAUACACGCCACGCAGAAUCUCACCUGCCCACUCUGCCAGGAAAAGUUUGAGGAUGUCGAUGGAGUUACAACGCAUAUCAAAUCCCAUGUCAGUGGUACAGAAUACAUGUGCGAGUUAUGUGAGCUGGUCUUCACGUCUAAAAUGAAGUUGAACAAUCAUAUGCAAGUAGCACACGAUGAGGAACUUCGCAGCGUACCGGAUCUUGGUCAAGAUGAGUCCUCCACGGAGAUGGAUGUCGAUGAAGAAGAUGAUGAUUCUGCCAUCAAUGUGAAAGAACUAGGGGAUCACAUGGUUGUUGAAAUUAAGAAGACUGAUGAAUUUUUGAUAUCAAACAACCAAGAAGAAUCGGAAGAAAAAGCCACAAAUUCUGAAGAGAGCGAGAAUGACACGUUACCGGACCUCUCAACGGCGGUUACAAUGGUUAGCAAAACUACGAAAGACGCAGAACCAGUUUCGAUAUCCACUCUAGGUGGCGCCACUAUCACUAAAACUACUGCAGCUCCUAAGACCGACAAAGUGGAAAGUCAGAAUAACACUGCGAAUAUCCUUCGAAAAGUUGAAGAAAUGAAGAAAAAAGUAGUCCCUUCACCACCACCACCUGAACCAAAAAAAAAUAAUGUUACAGUUGCUGAGAAGAAAACUGUAAAUAAAACUGAAAAUGGUAACACGGCCGCUGGUACAAGUGACAAGUCACUAAGAAUGCUGGAGAAAGACCUACAAGAACUGAAGAGGACCCAUCCGCCUAAGGAAGCUGUUAAGACACCAGCGAAACCCAUUGACACAUUAAGAAAUAGACGGGCACAAAUACAUACUUCCACUCCUAAAGUGAGAACUCCUAUAGCUACGGAUGAACGCAAGGCACAAAUAGUAUCAAAAUCCCCGGUACCAGAGAAAAAGAUUCCGGAACGGCGCGUCCUUACCAAAGAGAACAAGGAACCCAAAGAAAUUAAAGCUAAUAACGGUAAUGCAAAGGAAGAAAAAGAGACCAAGGAGAAGCUUGCUAAAGAAAAGGAGAUGAAAGAGAAAGAAGUGAAAGAAAAAGAGGCUAAAGAAAAGGAAGUUAAACAAAAGGAAGUAAAAGAAGGAACGCCGAAGAAUGUUAUCAAAAAUGGAGGUGAAAAACCAAGUCCAGAAGAAGGAAUUCGCCGCUCUACUAGACCAUCUAAAAUAAAAGAUUACGCCAAGAUGAUAAGAGACAGGUCACAAGAUUCUGAUGAAAAUGAUGAUUCAGAUGAUGCUGACGAUGAAGAAUAUAAAGAGGUUGAGAAACCUGUAGAACCCAAGUCCAAGGCACGCAGAACUAGUAUAAAGACCCCGGUACAGAAAGCACCCGUAUCAACGGCCACUCCCACGCCUAGAAAACGUGGUCGACCACGCAAGGAUGCUGUACCUCCGAAAAUAAGGAAAGAGGAAGUGGAAGAUGAAGAGGCCGAGGCUUCUGAUAGCGAAAAAGAUAAGCCUAAAGCUGCGCCAGAGCCAGAGCCUGCGCCUGCGCCAACGCCAACGGCAGCGCCAUUGGCUGAGAAAGAGAGAGAAAGCAAGACCCCCGUAGAAACACCCGAAAUUAACAAGACUCCGGAUCCGAAACCUCAAAAUACACUGGUAUCACCUACGGGGCAGACAUUGAAAAAAAUUCCCAUCAGAGCGCUUCCUCCUGGAGUAAAACCCCUGCCCUUACCAGUUAACGCAAGACCCAUGGGCGGCGGUGAAGUCUGCGAGAUGCAGAUCGGCAAGAAAGUUGUCAAAGUACAAAAGAUUGUAAUGACAAAAGCAGAAGUGGAGGCGAUGGCUAAAAAGGGUCUAGUGGAAAUGAAGGAUGGCACCAUGGUUCUUAAGCAGGGAAUUAAAAUUCCCACUUCAGAUCCCACAGCGCUCAAAACUAGUCUAGUUGGAGAAGCUGAACCCAGCACAAGUAAAGAAUCUCCUAGCAAGAAAGAAAAGACAGCAGCGCCGACACGGUGUGACUUUGGGGAAGACACGUGAAGUGCACAAUAACUGUUGUUUUAUACUUAGGUAUCCACUUUUAUAAUAAGAAGACACAUCCGUGUCAAUUAUACAUAGGUAGUGUUAAACACCACUGUAUUUAAUUAAGGACUUUCUCAUAGACAUUACUGUAAAAUGUUAGGUAUUAAAAAUGAUUAUGUAAUGCACCGAUUCCGAUGCAAAGUUUCUACUCUAAUGAUCUUUAAUAUGUACUUUACGUAUUUGUAAGAUAAUCACUACAUGUUUAUUUAAGUAGUACAGAAUUAUUAAAACGACUAAGUUUUAAAGUUGUCAAAUGUAUUUUAAAAGUUCAAUUACACAAUAUGUUAGAGCUGUAAGAAUUGUAUACAAGAAUAAAACAGUAAUUAUAAAUAUCAUAA